CGCUAUUGAAUUUCACAUAUCUUAGUCUCUUUUCUGUGAAUUCUUUCAUAUUUGCUUAUUGUUCCUGAAUAUCUGUUCACUGUUAUCUAUAAGUGAUUGCCGCUAGGAUCCAUUAGUGAACUAAUUUUUCUUGAUUCUGCUUACAAGAUGUAAAUUUUUCUCGGGUGUGUGGAGCUGAAGUUGUACAGUUCAAUAAAUUUUGGUUCAGUAAUCUUCUUGUCAAUUUUGACAGUCUAGUCGAGUUCAGUUGCUAUGGCUGAGGCUGCUGCAUCUCUUGCUCCGAAUGCCGAGUUGUUGGAAUGGCCCAAGAAAGACAAGCGUCGGUUUCUUCAUGUUGUGUACCGUGUUGGUGACCUUGACCGUACCAUCAAGUUCUACACUGAAUGUUUUGGGAUGAAAUUAUUAAGGAAGAGGGAUGUGCCAGAAGAAAAAUAUUCCAAUGCUUUCCUUGGAUUCGGCCCAGAAGAUUCUAAUUUUGUGGUGGAGUUGACGUACAAUUAUGGAGUUAGUUCUUAUGAUAUCGGGUCUGGCUUUGGCCAUUUUGCUAUUGCAACUCAAGAUGUAUAUAAACUUGUAGAAGAUAUACGAGCCAAGGGUGGGAUCAUUACCAGGGAACCUGGCCCAGUCAAGGGAGGAUCCUCUGUUAUUGCCUUUGCAAAGGAUCCGGAUGGUUAUAUUUUUGAACUCAUCCAAAGGGGUCCUACUCCUGAGCCACUCUGUCAAGUAAUGCUUCGUGUUGGUGAUCUAGAACGCUCUAUCAAGUUUUAUGAUAAGGCCUUGGGAAUGAGGCUAUUGAAGAAGGUUGAUAGGCCAGAAUACAAGUAUACCCUAGCCAUGAUGGGAUAUGCAGAUGAACCAGAGACAACAGUGCUAGAGUUGACCUAUAAUUACGGUGUGACAGAGUAUACCAAGGGAAAUGCUUAUGCUCAGGUUGCCAUCGGUACUGAUGAUGUAUACAAGAGUGCUGAGGUUGUCAACCAGGUUAAUCAGGAACUUGGAGGAAAGAUUACUCGACAACCAGGACCACUUCCUGGAAUCGGCACAAAAAUUGUUUCCUUUCUGGAUCCUGAUGGUUGGAAGACUGUUCUUGUUGAUAACGCAGACUUCCAAAAGGAACUGGAUAAUCAAUGAGCUCGGUCUUGUUAAAUAAUCAAGUGAUGAAAUAAAAUCAUCCUGCUUGAGUUUGUAACCUACCUAUCGUGUCUUUGAAUAAAUGUAGAGCCUGAUGAUGGCUCAUAUCUUUGACAUUUCCUGAGUGGUCAUCAUGCAAAAUGAGAAGAAGGAAAAUAUCUGCCAACUCACUUUGUAGUUCUAUAUUACUAUAUCAUCUUUAUUUUGGUUUCAUUUUUUCUUUUUCAAAGAUAUUGUAAUAAAUGCUGGAGUGAAAAUUUGAACUCGGAACCUCUUGUUCACAAAAACAUAUAGGUGCUAGUUGAGCUAAGUUUAUGUUAACUAUUUUGGUCCA